AUGCCUGAAGAAACUAUUUCGGUAGACUACGUGAUGGAGAAGGCUUCCGGACCUCACUUCUCCGGCCUACGCAUCGACAGCCCCGCUUCAUCGCCUUCAGCUUCUUCUGCUUUGGCUUCCGCCGUAGCCGAUGUUAACGCUCCCAAACAACCCUUUGUUAUUGGAGUCUCCGGUGGUACAGCUUCGGGUAAGACCACUGUUUGUGAUAUGAUCAUCCAACAACUUCAUGAUCAUCGUGUUGUGCUUGUCAAUCAGGAUUCCUUUUAUCGUGGUUUGACAGCUGAAGAAUCAAAACGUGUACAUGAGUAUAAUUUCGAUCAUCCUGAUGCUUUUGACACUGAGCAGCUUCUAGAUUGCAUUAAAACGCUCAAAUCCGGGCUGCCCUACCAAGUUCCGAUAUAUGAUUUUAAGAAUCACCGUCGCUGUUCUGAUAGUUUUCGGCAGGUGAAUGCUUCUGAUGUUAUUAUCCUGGAGGGUAUUCUGGUUUUCCAUGAUCAACGUGUCCGCAACCUGAUGAACAUGAAGAUUUUUGUUGACACAGAUGCUGAUGUGAGGCUUGCUCGUAGAAUUAGACGUGACACAGUUGAGAGGGGUAGGGAUGUAAACUCUGUACUCGAACAGUAUGCCAAGUUUGUGAAACCUGCCUUUGACGAUUUUGUUCAUCCAUCAAAGAAGUAUGCGGAUGUAAUCAUUCCCCGGGGAGGUGAUAAUCAUGUUGCCAUUGAUCUGAUUGUACAACAUAUCCACACAAAGCUUGGUCAGCAUGAUCUCUGUAAAAUAUAUCCCAAUGUCUAUGUGAUUCAAUCAACAUUCCAGAUUAGAGGUAUGCAUACACUGAUACGAGACAAGGAGAUAUCAAAGCAUGAUUUCGUGUUUUACUCAGAUCGACUUAUCCGUUUGGUUGUUGAGCAUGGCCUUGGCCAUCUGCCAUUCACUGAAAAGCAAAUAGUUACUCCAACAGCGUCACUGUAUACGGGGGUUGAUUUUUGCAAGAAGUUGUGUGGGGUUUCCAUUGUUCGAAGUGGUGAGAGCAUGGAAAAUGCAUUGCGUGCAUGCUGCAAAGGAAUUAAAAUUGGAAAAAUUCUGAUUCACCGUGACGGAGAUAAUGGUAAACAGCUAAUAUAUGAGAAGCUUCCCAAGGAUAUUUCAGAACGGCAUGUCCUGCUUCUUGACCCUGUACUUGCCACAGGGAACUCUGCAAACCAAGCUAUCGAACUACUCAUUCAGAAAGGAGUACCAGAAUCCCACAUUAUAUUCCUCAACCUCAUCUCUGCUCCAGAGGGAAUCCAUUGUGUUUCUAAAAGGUUUCCAUCAUUGAAAAUUGUCACUUCCGAAAUUGAUGUUUCUUUAAAUGAAGAAUUCCGUGUCAUCCCUGGUUUGGGGGAGUUUGGUGAUCGUUACUUUGGCACUGAUGAUUGAUCAUGAUGGUUGAAAUGUAGAGGAGAUUUUUACCCACUUUCAAAUGGGGCGGUUUUUACAGAAAAAUUAUAAUCAAUAUUUUGAAAUAUGAAGGGAAUUUCAACGUUUGCAUAAUA